GGGCUUGUGUGAGUGUCCUUCUUCUUGAGGAUUUCUUUGUGCCAAUACAGAAGUGCUUUGUGGUUGGCCAUCUGGGCCGGGAGGAUUUCCUCGCAAUUCAAAGCAUGACGUGUGUCGCAGUGCUCUGGGAUUUGCUGUGAAAGCUCUGGAGGUUGCGAGGAAACGUUGACAAAGUCGACUUUGGGACGUGUGAAAUAGGUGCUAGGAUGGAAGCCAGCUUGCCUGACCUCACGUCUGCGGGGCUUUCCUCAACGCUGGGGAACCUCAGCAAUGAUGAUAGUGUUUCUGCAGCAAGCACUUCUGAUGUGCAAGACCGUUUAUCUGCCCUGGAGCUGAGAGUCCAGCAGCAGGAGGAUGAAAUCACUGUGCUUAAAGCUGCCUUGGCUGACGUGCUCAGGCGUCUGGCUGUUUCCGAGGAUCAAGUGGCCACUGUGAGAAAAGCACCACCUAGCAAAGGUCCUCCAGCACUACGUGAAGCCCUUUCUAUGUCUUGUAUUACCAAUGGAGGAGCGGGAACCAGAAAACCAACCCUUACUGGAUCUGUUGCCAGAAAAGAUACAUUGGCAUCAGCUGCUAAAAGUAGCACAGAGAAAAAGAAAGAGAGACCCCAAGGCGUCAAAGAGGAAUCAAAUACAAAUGAUCAGAGCCCAUUAAAUCAGGCAUCUCCUUCUCCCCAACCUUCCCCACAGACCAGCCAAACACACAGGCAAAAUCAGGAAAGCAGGAACGCUGCUUCAACCAAAAGUAUAAAGAGAACCACCACCAUUGAAAAAUCGCACAACGCAUGGGAAUCCUCUGAUGACAGUCGAAACAGGCUAAUGAGGGCAGCUUCAACAUCAAAACUGACCUCAAAGGCUUCCAAAGCUUCAGAUAAGCAUAAAGAUAUUGUCGUCAGCCCAGCAAAAAUGUCCACACGAGAAAAAAACAGCCUAGAAGGAGAAUACAUAAAAAUGUUUAUGCGAGGUCGACCAAUCACAAUGUUCAUUCCUUCGGAUGUGGAGAGCUAUGAAGACAUAAGAACAGAACUGCCACCAGAGAAGUUAAAACUGGAGUGGGUAUAUGGUUACCGUGGGAGGGACUGUCGAGCCAAUGUUUACCUUCUCCCUACCGGGGAAAUUGUAUAUUUCAUUGCAUCUGUUGUAGUACUGUUCAAUUAUGAUGAGCGGACUCAGCGCCAUUAUCUUGGUCACACAGAUUGUGUUAAAUGCAUUGCCGUUCAUCCAGACAAAAUUAGAAUAGCAACCGGACAGAUUGCUGGUGUAGACAAAGAUGGAAGGCCUUUACAACCACAUGUUCGAGUCUGGGACUCUGUCAGUUUGUCUACUUUGCAAGUUAUUGGCCUCGGGACCUUUGAGCGGGGUGUUGGAUGUCUGCAUUUCUCCAAAGCGGAUUCGGGGUCACACUUGGCGGUCAUCGACGACUCCAAUGAACAUAUGUUGACUGUGUGGGACUGGCAGAAGAAGUCGAAAGUAGCAGAGAUUAAGACUACGAAUGAGGUGGUCUUGGCAGUUGAAUUCCACCCAACUGACCCCAGUACGAUAGUGACCUGUGGCAAAUCGCACAUCUUUUUCUGGACCUGGAAUGGCAGUUCCUUGGCCAGGAAACAGGGAAUCUUUGGGAAAUACGAGAAACCAAAGUUUGUGCAAUGCUUGGCUUUCCUAGCCAAUGGCGAUGUGCUUGCUGGAGAUUCAGGAGGUGUCAUGUUAAUAUGGAGCAAAACUCCAGUGGAAUCCACAGCCGGGAAAGGAGUGAAAGGUGUCUACCAAAUAAGUAAGCAGAUCAAAGCUCAUGAUGGCAGCGUGUUCACAUCGUGUCAGAUGAGGAACGGUAUGUUGCUCACGGGAGGCGGCAAAGACCGGAAGAUUAUUAUGUGGGAUCACAAUCUUAAUCCUGAAAGGGAGAUUGAGGUUCCAGAUCAAUAUGGCACCAUCAGAGCGGUGGCAGAAGGCAAAGCUGACCAGUUCUUAGUUGGCACAUCUCGGAAUUUUGUUUUGCGUGGCACGUUUAAUGACGGUUUUCAGGUGGAAGUUCAGGGUCAUACAGAUGAGCUCUGGGGGUUGGCAACCCACCCCUUCAAGGAUCUGCUUUUAUCAUGUGCUCAGGACAAGCAGGUCUGUUUGUGGAACUCUGUAGACCACACGCUAGAAUGGACCAGACUGCUAGAAGAGCCUGGACACUGUGCCGACUUCCAUCCUAGCGGAAUAGUAGUAGCAAUUGGAACACAUUCUGGGAGAUGGUUUGUGUUAGAUGCAGAGACACGAGAUCUGGUUUCUAUACACACAGAUGGCAAUGAGCAGCUCUCCGUGAUGCGAUACUCCAUCGACGGGACGUUGCUUGCAGUGGGUUCUCAUGACAAUUUCAUUUACCUCUACAAUGUCUCAGAAAAUGGAAGAAAGUAUAGCAGAUACGGAAAAUGCUCUGGACAUUCCAGUUAUAUUACACACCUUGACUGGUCCCCAGACAACAAAUACAUAAUGUCAAACUCAGGAGACUAUGAAAUAUUAUAUUGGGACAUUCCAAGUGGUUGUAAAUUAAUUCGGAAUCGUUCAGACUGCAAAGACAUUGACUGGGCAACUUACACUUGUGUGCUAGGAUUUCAAGUUUUUGGAGUGUGGCCAGAAGGAUCGGAUGGAACAGAUAUCAAUGCAUUAGUGCGAUCUCGCAACCGAAAAGUUAUUGCCUUGGCCGAUGACUUUUGUAAGGUCCAUCUGUUUCAGUAUCCAUGCUCCAAACCAAAGGCUCCCAGUCACAAGUACAGUGCCCACAGCAGCCAUGUAACUAAUGUCAGCUUCACACACAGCGAUGGCCACCUAAUCUCAACCGGAGGGAAGGACAUGAGCAUCAUGCAGUGGAGAGUGAUAGAAAAAGUGUCACUCUCUCAAAAUGACAAUAUAGUGGAAAUAAGUUCUUCUAGCGUUCCAGCUGUAAGUGAAAAAUUAGCGCAGGAAAGUUCCCCCACCUCCGAGAUACCUCCAGCAAAUGAGGAGGAUGGUACUCCUGUGGAGUCUCCAGCAACUCCGGCAGAAGAUGCCGUGGAAGCAGAAGUUGUACCGGAUGGCAUCGAGGAACAAAACGAGGUGCAGAGUGAAGAAAGCAGCCCAGAACCCUUGGCGACAAAUGGCCAAGCGCCUCCUAGUGAAACAAAUGAGGAGACAGCGGAGUCUCUUACCAUUACAGAAUCCCAGGGUGAAGAUUCACCAGUGUCUUAACACCUAAUUCUAUUGGUUCUUUUUUCAAUUCUAUACCUGGUGUGUGAGCUUUCGACAUGGGAAGAGGGUUUAAAUAGUAGGAGAAUAUAUUUGGAUGGAUGUUCAUACCACGUGCGAUUUAGUUUGGUUUCGUCCAAGAAGCCUUCGUCACGGGCUACAGAAAAAAAGCCAAAGCUGGAAGUUGGACAAACAAAAAAAACAAAAAACUAAAAAAAAGUGUAGAUGGUAGAUUUCAGGAAAUGAUGUCACUAAGUGGUGUGUUUGUAUAUAUUUUGUAGGGUCAAACUGGGUCAAUAUAAGAUUUAAGGAAGUGAAGAAUAAUAAAAAUUACAAAUAUGCGUUCUACAAAGGUGUUUCCUAUGUGCAUAUGGUAGAGGCCAAAUCCAUCAUCUGUGAUUGUUAUCGGAUCUUGAAAACUGUGCUCAGUCACGUUGGUCAACGCCUAUGCAAUUUUCUUACAAAAACUCUAAAGACCGUUUGCCAUAAGAAGUCUGUCCUAAUGCUGCUACCUGUCUUAAGGACUGUUUUUGUUUAAGAACUAUAAUAGCAGCUUAUCUAAUUUGAUUUGGCUUUGUCCUGACCAAGCUUUCUUUAAUGGGAUCCUAGAGCUGGCCAUGCAUGGAGGAUCGACGCUCUGGCUGAACAUCCCACUAUGUACAAGGUACUAACGGUUAAAGAUGAUAACCUCUCGGUGUCUGGCUUGAAGGAAAUCCUCCUGGUGGACAAAUUUCAGCUGAUUUCCCACUGUGGUUUAAUCUCCCAAACGGGCAAUGGGAUUUCCUUAUGUAUGGCCAGUUUAAUUCAACUACCAGAGAUCUGUAGACUCACUCAGAUGUGACUGGGCAAUAACUGCAUUGGGGAAACCAGAAUCAUGAUUACAGUAGAGAUUAUUGUAUCGUCCAACAGUGGAGCUUUAGUUGCAUAUACUGGCAGACUAAAUCCUCUCUUGGAGUUCCUGGCUCUGCCCAUCAACCACCUACAAUGUCAUACGCCUUACUGCAAUAUUAUAAAAUAAGUGAAUUGUAGAAAAAUCGUUAAAUACGGUUAUAAUAACUGUGCAAGUUGGGUGGAACUAGGAACCCCACAGAGCAGAAAUAGUCACCCCAUCAUUCUUGAGAAGCCAGUGGUUGAAAUAUUAGAUCUGUAUGGACUGAUGACCCCUUUAAGCAAAAAAAAAACACUGCUUAAAAAAAUAUGGUGCUUGGCGUUUCUAAACAUUUUUUUUUUCUAAAUUUAUAAUUGUCAUGUGGAUAAAAAAAAAUAUCAGGCUUGGGUUUAUUACAUCAGGUAACAUUUUUCUUCUUCUUAACGUUUUUCAACAACAAAUCAAUGCUUUUCAUGCAUGAUCGGUCUUCUUAGGAAAAGAGAAAAUCCUUUAUACUUGUGAAUAUUUUAGUAACAACAUUUUAUGUAACUUUGUUCUAAUAUUUUAGGUAAGUUUCUUUUUCUUUCUUUUUUUUUUUUUUUUUGUUUAAUGCACAAGUCUUAAGUGUGCAAGCGUUUACGUCAUUGCGCCAUUCCAAAAGUGCAUCCAAAAAAAAUUGUCAUUCCCUUUCAGUACCUUCUCAGGAGUAUCGCUACAGAUCAGCUGAUCAGGUUUCGCAACGCCAUAAAGACUCAUGACUGCCCAAAGGAUAUAAUGUACACAGAUGUAUCUACAGUCAAGUUAUGACAUGUGCAUGUGUCGAUAGGUAUAUAUGUACAUCUUUACUACUGUGUGUGUGUACAGGAGGUAGAUACACAUAAAUGUAAAGAUUUACACAGAUAUAUUCACUUGUUUACAGUGGUUCUAAAAUGUUCUCAGAAUGUUGAGGGAAUAUAUAUAUUUUUUUCCAAACAAGAUGUGUAUUUAACAUGUGCUACAUACUAUAUCUUUAACAGUGCAGAAUGGUGUUGGUAUAUGGAUUCAUUAAGGAAAUUAUUUUUAUAUGGAGAUGUAGAUAUGGGCAUGCCCGAGAUUCAUUUGCGCUGUGUUCCACUUACCAGUCUCGAAACAGAAGUCGUGGAAUCUGUUAACAGGAUGGACAAAGCUCAGUAAUAAACAUGGCACCAUCUGCACCAAUCUGCUUAUGGGAUUUAUUAUAUGAAAACGCAUGGAUUUAGGCAGAUUAGGAAAUUGCCUGCUGAAGAGUUACAUUUACCAGUGUACCUUUGCAUCACUCUAAUCCAUUAUCUCAUCUCAGAUUGGCAGUUAAUAUGAAAACACAAUGUGGAAGUCUAUCAUGGGCCAUCAUGUCACAAGGUGGAAGGGUAGGCGAGUUAGAAACAGCAUUGUUAUCCACAGAUAAUCAUUUUAGUAAAUUUGUGUGGUGUUUAAGCCGUUUAAGUCCAUUAUUUAAUAUGGUUUACGUUGGUGGUGCAAGGGUAGGCUGUAAAGGAUUAAAUGUGACUCGCAUUUCUAUUUGAGAUUAUGCUGAGUGGCUGAUUAAGCAACUGAAAGUGCAACUUGCAAAGAGGG